UCAAAAUUUGACAAUUCAAAUUAGACGUGUGGUUGUUUUUUUCUACACUUCUGCAGGAGUGUAAUUUUUAUUCGAUACGAUUGCAAAUUUUCUGGGCUGAAAUCAACCACAUCCAUCAACUGGACUUCGCAAUCCAACUAGAUUAGUGAAAUAAUUAAGAAUGGCCUCGUUAAUUUUGCUGCGCAAUGGGCAGUUUGCAAAACAACAAGGUAGUGCUGCAUUGAGUGUACUUUGUGUGCGUCUUGCUUCCAGCUCUACCGAUGAUGCGAUACGUCCACUAAAUUCAACCAAUAUCAGCAAUAUGCGACGCGGUACCGGAGGCCGUAGCAGCUUUAAUGGUAUUGUAGCAACUGUUUUCGGCUGUACUGGCUUCGUGGGUCGCUAUGUUUGUAAUAAACUUGGCAAAACUGGUACUCAAAUGAUAUUACCCUAUCGUGCUGACUUUGGUGAGGCUAUUCGUCUUAAAGUAUGCGGUGAUUUGGGUCAAGUCUUGUUCCAGUUUUACGAUUUAAGAGACGAAAAAGCUAUACGCGAUGCUGUGAAGCAUUCCAAUGUAGUUAUCAAUUUGGUUGGUCGUGAAUUCGAAACUAAAAACUUUAAAUUCAAUGAUGUGCAUGUGGAAGGUGCACGCCGCAUAGCUAGAAUUUGCAAAGAAACUGGUGUUGAACGUUUGAUUCAUUUGUCUGCUUUGAAUGCUAGUCCCGAUCCCAUGAGCUUUGUUUUGGAGGGUGGUAGCAACUUCUUGAAGAGUAAAUACCACGGUGAAUGUGCCGUACGCGACGAAUUUCCCAACGCUACCAUUAUUAGGCCAGCAGAUAUCUAUGGCUCUGAGGAUCGUUUCCUGCGCUACUAUGCGCAUAUUUGGCGUCGCCAAUUCCGUGCAAUGCCAUUGUGGUUUGCCGGAGAACGUACUGUGAAGCAACCGGUUUAUGUGUCUGACGUUGCACAAGCCAUUGUAAACUGCGCUAAGGAUCCCGAUACUGCCGGUCAGGUUUACCAAGCUGUAGGACCUAAACGCUACCAAUUAAGUGAAUUGGUUGAUUGGUUCCACCGCGUUAUGCGCAAGGAUGAAAAAUGGUGGGGUUACCGUCGUUACGACAUGCGCUGGGAUCCCACCUUCCUAUUAAAAGCUAAAUUCACAGAGCUCAUAUGCCCUGGCCAACCGAUCGGUGAAUUGCAUAUCGAACGUAUCGAACGUGAAUGCAUUACCGACGUUGUGCGCGCCGACAUACCAUGUCUAGAAGAUUUGGGCGUACAGUUGACCUCCAUGGAAGAUCAAGUACCGUGGGAAUUGCGACCAUAUCGUGCAGCGCAAUAUUAUGAUGCCGAAUUAGGUGAGUGGGAAGAACCAGCACCACCAAAACCAAUAGAGCAUCGCGAAGAAUUGCGUAUGUUUGCAUAAGAUUACGAUAAUGGCAACAACGCUAACAACAAUUACAAUAAAAAAUAUGGAAAUAAUAAAAGAAAUGAGACGAACGAAAGUUGGUGGCGUUGGUGGCCAGGCAGCGAUAUGAAAAAGAAACACUUGCAACUACGGGAAUUACUUUUCGCUGUACUUGUUGUGCGUUCUUUGUGGUAUGGCGUUACAUCUAGUGAAUUGUGGUCUUUUAUGAAUGAUUUUGGUAUUGAAGUUGAUGAUGAAACUUUUAAUAGCAAAUAAAUUAUUAAAAAACUCUACGGUUUUCAAAAGACCGAUGUUAAAAUUG